UAUGGAGUAUCUCAAAAUCCAUAUACAAAUAAUUAUAUUUUAGUUCAAAAGUAUCUUACUUGGACUAGUGGAAAUGUAAAAAUUGAUAAUUUCAUUCAUGCAAGACGGGAUAAAAUUAGUAGUUUUCCUGAUGCAAUAUUUGAAUGGAUACCAUAUAAUCAGUUUAAUGAAAUUAAGGAAAUAGGUAAAGGUGGUUUUUCUACAGUAUAUUCAGCAAUAUGGAAGGAUUUCAAAGUUGCUUUAAAAUGUUUGGACAAUUCACAACAUCCUGCUAAUGAAUUACUAAAUGAGGUUGAGGCAUAUUCAACUAAAAUGGCUCUUAGUAAUAGUAAAAUUAUGAAUAUAUAUGGAAUAUCUCAAGAUCCAAAUACAAAAAAUUAUAUUAUUGUUCUUCACUAUGCAGAAGGUGGAAGUUUUAAUAAUUGGUUAAAUAUAAAUGAGAAUUAUAAAUAUUUUAAUUGGAAAGAUAAGAUGCAAAUAUUACGUUAUAUUGCCAGUGGACUUAGAGAACUUCACCGUAAACAAAUAGUACAUCAAGAUUUUCAUACAGGAAAUAUAUUAUUUGGCAAUCUUUCUUCAAAACAAAAUAGUAGAAUAUAUAUUUCAGAUAUGGGAUUAUGUAGGAAAGUUGAUGAUAUCAAUCAAAAUAAUAUUUAUGGAGUUAUGCCUUAUGUGGCCUCUGAAGUAUUAAGAGGAAAACCUUACACUAAAGCAGCAGAUAUCUAUAGCUUUGGUAUGAUUAUGUAUUUUGUAGCAGCUGAAAGACAACCUUUUGGCAAUCGUGCACAUGAUCAUCAUUUAGCAUUAGAUAUUUGUAAUGGAAUUAGUCCUGAAAUGAAUGAGCUGGAAAUGCCAAUAACUUAUAUUAAAUUAAUGAACAAGUGUUGGGAUUUGAAUCCUGAAAAUAGGCCUAAUAUCAAUGAAUUAGAUCACUCACUUUCAUUGAUUGCAAAUAACAAAUUAGAAAUUGAAAAAGCAGAGGAAUAUAGAAAGUUACAUCUCUCUUCAUUAAAAGGGGAUAGACAAAUAACUACUCAUCCUCAAGCUAUUUAUACAUCUCGAUCACUUAAUCCUUUCACAGAAAAUCUCCCAAAAUAUAAUGAUGAUAAUUCUGAAUGCUUAGAUUGUGCAAUUACUAAUAACCUAAAUUAG